GCGGUCCUUUCCCACGUUGUUUAAUCAGGAAGAGAUGUGUGUUGACCGUCCUCUGCUGGGGCUUGUGGUGUGUUCUACAUUUAAAUAUGCCAAACGGUGCUGUGAAAAUAAAACACGCGUAAUUUAAAACAUUGUCGAAAUGUCGGUAAACCGCUGUGUGCACGUUUUGUCCCGUCUUCAACGCCACAUUAAUGCCCAGACGGCCCGCAUCACAGCAGGCAGUUGUCGUGUGGGACUCCGACAACAUCAAGCUGCUUCUAUGGUUUGCAGCAGAGAAGUUUCUUCCAACAGCUCAACUCCCAAACCUCCGGACACGUCGCUGUUUGUACCCCUCUCUUUGAGCACCGAGGCCCCUCUUGAGGGGAGUGUGGGGGCAGAGCUGACCCAGACGCUCGAUAAAAGUGAAUUGCUGAAAAUUUUGAACCGUUUCUACAAAAGAAAAGAGAUGCAGAAACUGGCAGCAGAUCAGGGUUUGGACGCUCGCCUGUUCCACCAAGCCUUCAUCAGCUUCAGAAAAUAUGUCCUUGAAAUGCCGUCCCUUUCUGCCGAUCUCCACAUCAUCCUCAGUGACAUCUGCUGUGGAGCAGGUCAUAUUGAUGACAUAUACCCCUAUUUCAUGCGUCACGCCAAACAGAUCUUUCCAAUGCUGGACUGUAUGGAUGACCUCAGAAAGAUCUCAGACCUCAGAGUACCUGCUAACUGGUACCCCGAGGCUCGAGCCAUCCAGAGGAAGGUGAUCUUUCACGCUGGCCCCACUAACAGUGGGAAGACCUAUCACGCCAUCCAGCGCUACCUGGCUGCUAAAUCUGGAGUGUACUGUGGGCCGCUGAAGCUGCUGGCCCAUGAGAUCUUUGAGAAGAGCAACAAUGCUGGUGUUCCUUGUGACCUGGUUACUGGAGAAGAGAGAACCUUUGUAGAUGUGGAGGGUCGAGCUGCUGAACAUGUUGCGUGCACCAUUGAGAUGUGCAGUGUCAACACACCUUAUGAAGUGGCUGUAAUUGAUGAAAUUCAAAUGAUCAGAGAUCCUUCCAGAGGAUGGGCGUGGACCAGAGCACUGCUGGGUCUGUGUGCAGAUGAGAUCCACGUGUGUGGAGAACCUGCAGCUGUGGACUUCAUCAGAGAGCUGAUGUACACCACAGGAGAGGAGGUGGAGGUCCACACCUACCAGCGCUUAACUCCAUUCUCAAUCUUGAAUCAUGCUGUGGAAUCAUUAGAUAACCUGAGACCAGGAGAUUGCAUCGUGUGCUUCAGUAAAAAUGACAUCUACUCUAUAAGCAGACAGAUUGAAGCCAAAGGACUGGAAUGUGCCGUCAUUUACGGGAGUUUACCUCCAGGCACCAAGUUGUCGCAGGCCAAGAAGUUCAAUGACCCCGAUGACCCCUGUAAAAUCCUGGUUGCUACAGAUGCUAUUGGCAUGGGCCUCAACCUGAGCAUAAAGCGGAUCAUUUUCAACACCCUGGUAAAGCCUAAUGUGAAUGAAAAAGGGGAGAAACAGAUGGAGACCAUCAGCACAUCACAAGCUCUUCAGAUCGCAGGCCGAGCAGGACGGUUUUCCUCCAAGUUUAAAGAGGGGGAGGUUACAACCAUGCACAGAGAUGACCUGCCUGUCCUGAAGGAAAUCCUUAGCCAUUCUGUAGAUCCUAUUGAGACUGCAGGUCUGCAUCCAACAGCAGAACAGAUAGAGAUGUUUGCCUAUCAUCUGCCAGACGCCACACUUUCUAACCUCAUUGACAUAUUUGUCAGCCUCUCUCAAGUGGACGGUCUGUAUUUUGUCUGCAACAUUGAUGACUUUAAGUUCCUGGCUGACAUGAUUCAGCACAUCCCACUGAACCUGAGGUCACGCUACGUCUUCUGCACCGCUCCCAUCAACAAAAAGCAGUCCUUUGUGUGCACCUCUUUCCUGAAGUUUGCAAGGCAGUUCAGUCGAGAUGAACCCCUGACCUUCAACUGGGUCUGCCGCCACAUCAGCUGGCCUCUAGGCGCACCCAAGAACAUCAAGGACCUGGUUCACCUGGAGGCCGUUCAUGAUGUGUUAGAUCUGUACCUUUGGCUGAGCUAUCGCUUCAUGGACAUGUUUCCUGACACCGCCUCCAUCCGAGAAAUCCAGCGGGAACUAGAUGACAUCAUCCAACAGGGCGUCCGAAAUAUCACCCGCCUCAUCCGAGCCACAGACCCAAACCUAACCGACCCACUGCAGACUGAGAGCGCGCACGGCCAGGCUGGAAGUGAAGCCAGCAGUGGCUCGUUUUUGACGAGAGGCAGAGGCCAGAGAGGUUCGGGGGGCAUGAGCCAAAGCUCGCUGGCUAGUCGCCUGGUGAGAGACGGGCUGCUGACCCCCGAUCUGCUCAAGCAGCUGCAGAGGGAGUGGUCAAAGGAGCACAGGAGGCAGGAAGACAACCAUCCGGGCACGCUCAGUGCAGACCAACACGAAAACAGCAGCAAAGGAAAGAGGAAAAAGAAGAAGAAAUGAAGUUAGUCGAUGCAAUCGAUUUGUUCUGAUCUGAACAGCAAAACCACACUGUGGACCCGACAGCACCACUCAGUUCUGGUCUCAAUUGUAGGACAGCAGGCUGGGAUGUUUGACAUUUUGCAUUAUUUAACACCUGAAAUAUCUAAAAUACACUUUGACUAGACAGCAUAUGCAGGACCAGAGGAUUUUUUAUGUCAUGUUGGCGUGUCAUUCUCUUCUAGAAGUUCUUCAGAUGUUCUGGGGUGAUCUGUAAUAUUCUGCUCAACCUGUUUUGGAUUCUAAGAUGGAUCAACACUGUUGUUCUACUGUGGCAGAUGUCCAGUUCUUACACAGUAACACGUAUUCUCCUGCUAAGACAUAAACACAUAAAUGCUUGA